CUGAAGAGUAAAGAGAAAGGUGGGACAGAAACUCAGAAUUAAAUACAAUUUAUUUAGAUAAAAUUUAAAUCACCUUUCCAAACUGAAAACUUCCAUGUGAAAAGCAGGGUCAAAAGGCUUGGAUAGAGAAGACCUUUUUAAAAAGAGAAUGCAUCUACAUAAUUGCCAACAACAAAGACACUAGCAGGUGCUGCUGUGGCCAGCUCAUUAGUCAACAUAUUCCACCCCCUCCAAGUAUAACAGCUAACAAAAAUGGAGAGGAAACAAAGCAGUUGGAAACGCAUCCAGAAAAAUGGUCUGUCAGUAAGCACACCCAAACAUGCCCAACAGAUGCCUAUGGAAAUCUUGAAUUCCAGGGAGUAUAUCCGUCUGUCAUACGACACCAAGCCAGAUUCGCUGCUUCAUCUCAUGGUGAAAGACUGGCAACUGGAACUCCCCAAACUUUUAAUCUCUGUCCAUGGGGGCCUUCAAAACUUUGAAUUACAACCUAAAUUGAAGCAAGUAUUUGGGAAAGGCCUGAUCAAGGCUGCCAUGACAACAGGGGCCUGGAUUUUCACUGGAGGAGUUAGUACUGGUGUAAUUCGCCAUGUUGGAGAUGCCUUGAAGGAUCAUUCUUCCAAGUCCAGAGGACGCAUAUGUGCCAUAGGAAUCGCACCAUGGGGUAUUGUAGAAAACAAGGAGGAUCUGCUUGGGAAAGAUGUGACAAGAGUUUACCAGACAAUGUCAAACCCUCUCAGUAAGCUCUCUGUCCUGAACAGUUCUCACACACACUUCAUCCUAGCAGACAAUGGCACACUGGGCAAAUAUGGAGCUGAAGUUAAAUUGCGACGUCAAUUGGAGAAACACAUCUCCCUUCAGAAAAUUAACACACGACUGGGACAAGGUGUGCCUGUAGUUGGGCUCAUAGUUGAAGGAGGUCCCAAUGUGAUCUCAAUUGUGUUGGAAUGUCUGCAAGAAGAGCCCCCUCUCCCCGUGGUGAUCUGUGAUGGCAGCGGACGAGCAUCUGACAUUCUGUCCUUUGCGCACAAAUACUCAGAAGAAGGGGGGUAA